AUGAAGCUCGCUACUUGCAUGCUCCUGGCUACUGCCGUUGUGUUGACUACUGCUGAGCGUACGCCGUUGCGCUUCCCGCAUGUUCACCCUCGCCAAUACUAUGCGCCUCCACCUCCAUAUUCUCCGCCAGUUGCCAGUAGCACCUUCAGCGAGGACUUUCCGCCUCCAACAUUGUCCUUCCCACCAACUGGAAUCCCGUCUUCGACGGGCAUCCCGUUGUCGAGCAGCCCUGCCAACUCCACAGUUCCAGUGUCCUCAGGGCUGUGGAACUCGACUACCAUCCGCAGCACCGUUGUUGUCACCAGUAGCAUCGUGAUUACAGUCACGCCCUCGUCCUCCAUACCUGUCGUUACGAGCACAAAGUCAGUGACUGCCACUUCCUGCAAGCUCACCAAUGAAGGGUUGAUCUGGUGUACUAACCUCUCGCCUUCCAGCACACCCCGACCGACCACUGGUACCUUCACGGAUGCCACCUCGGUCAGCUUCGGAGUUGAUACUUCGACUUCCCGGUUCGGCCCUCCCAUCAGCUUCUCGACUGGCGUCUCCCUGUCGACUGGAGUGUCGCUGUCCACUGGGCCUUCUUCCUCGUACCUGCCGUCCACUACGCCACCGUAUGGUAACGGUACUAGCUCAACCUAUAGCUGGGGUACGGGCACCGCACCGCCUGCUUCCUCAACGCCCACGUCUCCCUCCAACACAACGACCUCAAGUGGCUACUACGGUCCUCCAGCGCCAUCUAGCACGCCAAGCUGGAACACGACAAGCUCAACUCCGACUAACACAUUCACCUUGCCGACCGACACCAGCACCGAGUCCACCCCCACUCCAUCAUCAAGCACAAGCUGGUCCUACACCUGGCCCUCCUACACCUACUCCUCCUACACCCCGUCAGAAUCCUCGAGCUACCUGACAACACCAACACCCACUUCAACACCCAUCUACUACUCCUCUUACUCAUCGUCAGUCCCCGACGUCCCGUCAUCCAUCACCUUCGAGUUCCCAUCCGGCUCCAGCUUCACCUUCAGCAUCCCCACACCUUCGUCUGUCCCGCGCUCAUCAACACGGUCAACGCCCCGCCCAUCCCCAUCACUCUCCUUCUCCUUCCCAAGCUGGCCACCAGUCUUCACCCCCUCGCCCUCACUCUCACCCUCGCUCUCGGCCUCGAGCUCAGCCCCACCCUUCCUGCCUCCCUCCCAAUCCACGCCCGCAUCCUCGAGCUCGAGCGCAGUGCAGACGACAAACACCCUGUCCGACGCAGUCCCGACGUCCUUCGGCUCGAGCACAAAGAGCGCAUACGCUCCACCCACUCGUUCCUUCACAGACGGCACGUUCUCGUCGUGGGGCCCGCCGACUUCGACACCCACAUCUACACCCCCAGUCUACCCGCCGUACACGCCGCUCCCCCCACCCUCGACAUUCACAGACGGCACAUUCUCCUCCUGGGACCUGCCGACGUCUACACCCACGCCCUCCACCUUCAGCACGCUCGUCAGCAGCUCCAGCUCCAGUGCAAAGGAGAGCGAGACGGAAGGGUACUACGGGCCCCCCGCCCCUUCUUCUCCUCCUUCCGCUUUCCCCGAUACAGCCAACGUCGACGUUGAUGCUGUCCCGCACGCGCGGAACAAAAUGCACCGCCUGGCGCCGCGACAGAACCGCGUCGACAACGGCGGCAUCGCCGAGGAUAUGAGGGCGGACGGUGUGUCAGGUGUCACGCAGGACGCGUCAGAGAAGAAGAGCGCAGUGAGUUUCCCCAUCCUCGGCGGUGCUAUGGGACGGACUGCUGACGCGGCGUAG